GUUGCCUUUGUGUUCAGAACAUGCAGAGAAGCGCUACACUGCUGUUGUGUACGGUGACUGGCUGUCCAUUUGUCAGAUCCGCCUGUCUUGCCCAUCCAUCCGGUUAGGCGUUGUGUGUUGUGUAGCUAUCGUGACUCGCCAGGCAUUUAAGUGUGGCGCUAUACUGACCGUCAAUUGCGUGCGUGAUAUUGGAGCAAGCAAGUGACAGCAAUUGGCAGGCCUGCUAAAGCAAACACACCCCACGAACGGUCGGUGGAAGUAAUUUCACCCUUUUUUGUUUCGCCGAAUUCGCCCAUCAAGCCGCCGCCGUGUCGAACAAAGGGAACAACGACGGGGAUGGGUUCAGGUGCAUGAAAAAAAAAAACAACCACCACCACCACUACCAUCACCACAACAACGAGGUGAAGAGUCUGUUGUCUGCGCGGAGUUAGGCGGUGCAUUUGAAGUUUUGCCGUCGCAGCUUGCUGUGUGUGCUUUUUGGUGUAGUGUUGUGUGUGUGUGAGCGCAUUUUUUUUUGGAAGGGUGACUAAUUCCAAGAGUGCAGUAAUUUCAUCCAGUGAAUUGUGUGAAGUGGGGUUUUUUUCACCGUGGAAGAGAGCAUAGUGUGCGAGUGUUUGUGUAUCUCCUUCUGCCGCUCGAAGGAAGUGUGCAAAGUGUGGCGCAAGCAAGCAAUAAAUAAUAACACAAAAUAACCCGCACAUACACACUGUUUCCCCUCCAGUUUUGGUACGGCCAGGCGGGAAGCGUCCCCCAAUUGUUGCGGUUGUGUCCCACCCCGCUGUCUGCACAUUUCAUGCGACACCACCACCGAACACGUGAAUAGAGUGCGAGCCGCAGUGUGCGAGCGUGGUUCAAAACGCGACAGGGAAAAGAAAAGAAUAAAUCGCACCACGUUCAUCGAAAUGGUGUAAAAAAAAACGCUCCCCUCAUAAAAAAAAAACCAGGAAAGAGCAUUGUGUAUCGUGUUCCUCUGUCCUCUCGCUCCCUCCUUCUGGUGGUUGCGCGUUUCGGUGCGGCCAUUUGCGAAAAGUGUGCGUUUUUAGUUCCGAGAAUUUUGUGCACCCCAUCCAUCGUUCGCAUAAAGGGGCAACGUUGUGUUGUUGCAGUGGCCUGUGUGUGUGCGUGCCUGUGGAGUGUUUACGGGUUUUACGGGAGGGGUUGUGGUGUUUAUUUUCUGCGCUUUGGCGACUUGAGACGGCAAGCAGCUCGAGCAGCAGUGCCCUUAGCAUCGUUGGAAAAGCGUGUGACUACGACGACUUGCGUGCGGAUUUGUGUGUGUGUGUGUGUGCGUUUGUGCGGCUAUAAUCUUCCAUCUGGCGAAGGUUGUUAAUCUCGCGCGACGCAGAGGUUGAGGUUGGAUUUCCCCGAAAAGGUAGCAAUUUUCGCUUCUUCGAAAAGGCGUAUCCCCCAGACACCAAACUCGGCGGCAGUCACACAACUCGCAAGAGCAUCCCUCGUCCCGGUUGCGGCACAUUAGGUUGCCCUAGCCCUGUCCCGACAAUGCCACUGUCCGUGACGACGACAGCACCGUCCGCCGGUGAGGAGACGUGUAGUAGAGUCGACCGGUUGCUAGCGGAACCACCAUCGCCAGCGGAUUCGCGGCCGGAAUCGCCGGCCCCGCCACUGUCGCCCGGGCCGAACUCGGGCCAACCACCGCCGCUGCAAACCCAGGCCGUCCCAGGUGUCGGUGGCAUACUUUCGACCGUGUCUAACUUCUCCGUGAUAAACUAUGUUGGUAAAAUUCAAAAGCAAUCAUCCUACAAAUCAUCCACCGGCCGGUGCCGAACGCCCUACGAUAGGUGUAGCAGCCUCCGGACCGGUUCGGCAGUGGUUUGUCGCAUCACGGAACCGCCGAUGGACGAUACGACCAACUCGUCCACCUUUUCCUCGCUGGAGUACGGAUGCAGUAGCGGCGGUGGCGGUGGCAGCAGCAGCAGCAGCAGCAGCACGACCAGCAGCAACCACAGCACAGGGAUCGGCUGUGACACCAGCCCCGAAUGCAGCGACCAGCUGGACAGCAUCGACACGACGGAGGACGGCAGCACGUCCGGGCCACGGUUGCGCAGCCGCCGGUCGAUGAGCGUUUCGUCGAGCGGAUGUUCCAGCUCGAUGGACGAUCGAAACUUUGACUUUUCACCCCUGGGAAGCAUCAUCAGCUGUCGGUGCAACUCGUACAGCAUGUCCGACUUCGACGAUGAUGGUUUCCGCGAGGAUAGUAGCGUAUCGUCGGCGCACGGGGGCGGUGCCCUUUCCGGCUCCCGGUCGUACCAGUCGCAUCAUCCGCUGCAUCACCACCACCAGAACGUACCGCACCAUCCGCGCAAUCACAAGGGUCUGUUUGAUAUCGCGCUGAAAACGGUCAAGCUGAUCCGGCGCAACCAGGAGCUGCAGGUGCGGCUGGCCCAGCUGCAGGAGGAAACGAGCGCGUUCAUCGACUCGGUUAUGGCUAACCCGGAGAACGAAUCGCUGCGGUCCCAUUUCUACAGCAGUAAACGCGUCCCGACACUACCGCUGACGGUGCAGAAGUGAACCGGAUACCGGGGUAAGGUCCGGUGCGCUUUGCGAUGGGGGCUCGUCGUUCGCUACGAACCACAAAAACGCCACAAAUAGGACGGAAAUGGCGCCAGUCGUCCCAGUCGAUUAUGCACAGUGUGGAAGCGGUACCGGCGAUCAGUUGAUUCGAGUCGAGCUGCUAGCUUAAGUUACGUUAACGUUAAGAAGUUCUCAUCCCACAUCAUCUUCAUUGUGGAAAUCUUUUCCUGAGUGCCACAGGGAGGAAAAGAUCGAUAAUUUGUUUUUUAAUUUAUUGCCAAACUGGCUGGGCACUAAACGUGAGACCAUCGUUUCGCUUUUCAUUUCAUCCAUAAUUAGUUGUCGUACAUAUGUGUAGGACCAUAGGCUGCGUUACUCGUACGCAGGUGAAACGUUUGCAAAUCUAAACAUUAGACUGUGUGUACUCUGACCCGUAAUACUGACACAAAUGGAAGCGGAAAGACGAAGGACAGUGGGUCAAUCAAUAUAACAGUGCUAAGCCACUAUUUCAAUAA